AUGAAACACAGGGCCCAACAUCCAAGAGCGGCCACUGUACUACUCCACCCACACAGGGCAGAUAGAGGCCUUGUAAAGCAGAACCGCCACCGACAAUUUGGACACGGAGCUGGCCGAGCGCAGCGUCUAGUGUGGCCCGAGGAGAUGACGAACGACUAUUUGGAGUUAAAAAGCCUCGGUGGUUCCCUGAGUGAGGCGAGUCUCUCUGCAGUCUGGACCCUGGCAGCUGGCACAGGGGAAAGUCAGAAGCAGAAAAGGCCAUAUGCCACCUCCAAGCCGGUCCAGAACCCAGACCACCAAGGCCCUGAAUCCCGCCUGGCCACUUGGAAAAACCGCUCCCAUGCACUCGCCAUGGGAACCGGUGGAGUGGGUGGGGCAACCUGCUAA